AUGACCGUGACUGGACGCGGCCGGCUUGAGAACAACACUGCUGGUGGUUCUGGUGGUGCAGUAAUGCUGAAAUCUUCAAUUGAUGGGUUGACGCACACUGUGAAAUGGGAUAACUGCAGUACUCUUAUCAACAACAGUGCAAGCAUGAAGGGGGGUGGACUAUUUGCGGAGGUAACUACAGUCAAAGUCUAUGUCGUUGGAGAAAGCCAAUGGAUUGGCAACACAGCACUAGACAAUGGUGGAGCUCUGUACAUUGAAGCUAACAAUUCACUUGUUGACGUUAACGAAGUCAGCUCUCUCAGGGUCGAUGAAAGAAGCCAGCUGAGCAGGAACGGUGCCAAGAGUGGCGGUGCAAUUUACGUUAAUGGAUUUGCCGACGUACAGGUUGGCGAGGGAAGUGACAUCUCCCUCAACACCGCGAAGUACGACGGUGGAGCAGUCUUCCUGGCCCAACUCCCUUCCAAGAUCCUCGUGCAGUCCAGCAGUGUGUCCAACAACACGGCUCAUCGCGGUUCAGGGGGAGCUUUCUAUGUAGGGACGAUGGAACCAGUGUUCCAGCCCCACGCCACUGAGCCAAGCUGUGUUCUGCCGGGAGCUGUGAUGAAUGCCAGCCUCAAUAACGCCACCUUUGUCGGGAAUGCUGCUGGAGUCACAGAUGGUGGAGCUUUUUAUCUUAAACCGCAUGAAACCUGCGUCUCCAGCACUUUCAUAUCACUCCGUAUCAAUGGUUCCCACUUUGUCGAGAAUGCAGCGUUAGGUGCUGGUGGAGCUGUUAUGCUGCGUGAUGCUUCAAAUGCGAGAUUCGUGAUCGACAUUGCGAACAGCGACUUCAGGGAUAACACAGCGGGAACAGUUACUGGGGACUUCACAAGUUCAGCAAACUUUGGCGGUGCACUUGUGGUAUGGCGGGAACCCAGUGAUGCCAUUGGAAACUUUACGGAGUCCUGCCAGCUGACAGUUAAUGAUACCUCCUUCGACGGGAAUAGCUGCGAUGGGGGAACCGGAGGUGCUGUUAUGCUUAUUUCCUGUGCCUCACGAUUUUCCAGAUGCAACUUCACCGAUAACCAUGCAACACACAGUGGUGGGGCGAUGGGUGCGCUACAGAUGGCACGCUCUACCGCUACUCUGGGGCUUGUGACGACCUCUACAGCUGCCAGUGUUGCUGGCCUCUCCCAGCAGGAGCAGAGCAUACCGCGAGACCAACGGAGGCUCCUAGUCAGUGACGGCUCCAACAUGCAGCAUGAACGCAUAUCAUUAGGGCGCGUGAUGCGCGAAAGAGAUGCCAUAAAGGAUAGCAAGCUUUGGGGUCGCCAUCGCAAGCUGUCGGCUGAAACAGGCAGUUGCAGCGUCGGCAGUCACAGCAACGCAAAAUGGCACACCAGUCUGACAGCUUGCAACUUCUUCAACAACACUGCUGACCGAGAGUACGGAGGGGCCAUCUAUCUAUAUGCAUCAAUUGAGGAUGCCCAGAUUUUCAUUUCUGGCUGUGCAUUCGAGGAAAACAAGGCUGUGCAGCAACUUGCUGGUGCCGCGUUUCUGGCAGCACGAGGCGCCAACACUGGUGUUCAGGUGUCUGAUUCUUCAUUUAACAACAAUGCUGCUAAGCUGAAUAGUGCCGGAGCUGUGUACGCGUUGAUAGGCCCAGGCGCUUAUGCGACACUGGUGAACCUGAGCAUGACGAGUAAUCAGGCAGCCGUGUCGGCUGGAGCUGGUGUACUGGAUGUGCGAAGCAACGGAUCACUCUGCAUGCAGAAUGCUUUCUUUGACCAAAACCGUGCGCUUAGCGGUGAUGGCGGCGCACUUUUGCUAAAGCUCCAAAUGGAAUCACGUGCUUCCUUCAAUAACUGCACUUUCAAUGACAACAAAGCAGCUGGCAAUGGUGGUGCUAUGCUAAUGGAUGGUAACUGCAGCUCGACACUAUCGGUGGAGAAUAGUGUCAUGAUGCGCAACCAGGCAGGUUUGUCAGCCUGUGAAGGGGGGGGCUCCAUGUCGGCGCAGAACUGCUCUUCAUUAGUGCUGAGCCAUAGCACCAUACAGAACAGCAGUACUUCUGGCUCUGGUGGCGGGUUCUGGGCAUAUGGCUGCAGGCGGCUCCUCUUGGAGUAUGUGAAUAUUACAGGCAACAUUGCUAGGGUUUCUGGCGGCGGUCUAACCUUUUCGGGUCCCACGGAUGACAUAGCAGCAGAGGGGCUAACUGGGAACACUGCCUUAGGUGGUGAAACGCCUCAAUACACGAGCAUGAUUGUCCAUAGAGCCCGGGUCCAUGAUAAUGCAGCUGCCCUGUCGAGUGACACGCUAGAGGGUUGCCAAGGGAAGGAUUCCUUCCAGCCCGGAGAAGAAGGAAAGGGUGGUGGUUUCUUUAUAACUGGCAAGGUUGCCGGCGUGCUGAGCCUCGUGAACUUGGAGCAGUCGAAUAACGCAUCCCUGGGGAGCGCUAUCGCAUCCACGCAACGCUGCAAGCAAGCAAACAUGUCAACUGCUUCAGUUAAAGCGACGUUGAGUGAUACCUUGUUACCUUCGCUGAUACCAAGCAAGGAAAACAGUACAUCGAUCUCUUCACAACAGAACCGUGUUCUUUGGGUGGAGGAUUUCCUGCCAUCGGCUUUGCAUGUGUCGUACACCGCGAAGUGGAAUUGCACAGACAAGAUCUAUUAUGUCUCAGAAGAUGAAGCUGUUUCCCUGAAUGAAAUCCGUCUCUCCAUCAAGGACCGUCUUUCUGAGGCAAUCAGGCGGCGUGCUAACCUCACCGAUUUUACUCCUGGCCUGGUGCUUAACAUGGGCGCUCUGAAUGGUACAAUCCCUGAUGCAGCUGCUGUAGCCGCGGGUCUGUCACAGAGGUGGUACAAGUGGCUUCUCGGCCGGCUCUGCAUGUGCAACCUGCCACAAGGCGAGGACCCGCAAGCAGCCAUGCGACAACAAUCAUACCUUGCGCUUCCAGCAGCGUACAUGGGUUUGCGUCUUUUGGACACGGACUUGGUGUACAGUCAGCGUCUACAGCUCCAGCCCGGGCUCGAUAUCAACCUCACUGCACAAUUGUACGACAUGUCAGGCCAGGCCGUUACUUGGGACCUUGCACCAUCGACCAUUACCCUGGCACUUCGGCCUCGGACUUCACCUGACGCCACCUACAAUGCGACGGUCGCUGAUGGGAGCGCACCUUGGCUCGAUAAUGACGUGGCCAACCUGGACGCCGGCCUGAAUAGGAGCUUGACAGUGCCUGUGGUGAACGGGUCAGCGACAUGGGAAGGCGUCAAGACCUUUGCAUGGCCCGGCUAUUACAGUCUCAUUCUCCAGUUGACGACGAAUUAUUCAUCGUUUGCCAUGGUUGCACCGUUGGAGAUGGAAGUUGAGGUGCUGCCUUGCGGGGUCGGGCAGACACUUGACCUUUCGCACAGCAGUUUAAAAACAUCAUAUACAGGCUGCAGAGCUUGCCCGUCUGACCAGUACGGAUUGUGGCAGGACGAUCGACCAUUACUCACUGACAUUCAGCCACGUCCGGGGAAUGCGACUGCAGCAGAUGACUCCAAGCGCCAGAGCAGUUAUUCCGAAUCCAUGAACAUAACCCUUCGUGCGCAAAACUCAGCAUGCAUGUUAUGUCCCGCAAACGCGCUCUGCCUGGGUGGAGCUGUGAUAGUGCCGGCACCAGGCUACUGGCACAGUGCGGCCAACUCCACCAAGAUCCACACUUGCCCCUAUCCUUCGGCGUGUAACGUGGAUGGUGAUAAGAGGACAUUUCCGGAGUGGAUCUACAGCAUGGUUGGCGCGCGGGACUAUCGGACAGGGCUGCUGUCUUGGUGCCAGCUGGCCUGGUACAGCAGUGUGGUGCCUGGGGCGGCGGUGCUAAGUGCGCAAAUGCCAGGACCACCACCGGAAGUGACUGGUGAUGGCCUGCAGCCUCUGGAGGUGCUUGCUAAUAAUACCGCUGUCCUGCUGACCAACAUUAUUGCCUUGCGUCGUCAAAAUGACACUGCUCCCGACAUCAGCCUCCCACGGUGUCUUGUUUCUGGAUUACCAUCCGGACACCUAGACUCCUACAUGCAGCAGCAGUGUGCGGAGGGCUACACAGGCAAUCUAUGUGCAGCUUGCAUUGAAGGGUAUUACGUUGAUACGGAUUUCAAUUGCAAACGCUGCCCCAGUGUAGCCCGGACGGUCGGACUUGGGUUAAUCUCAUUCUUCGGCAGCGUUGCCUUAAUCUUGUUCACUACAAUUACAAACUUUUCGGAUGGCUUCGGAGAGAAAACCAACGGACAGCAGCACGCAAACGUGCUGCCGGGCAAAGGUGGAGAUCGGGUUGAAAUCGGCGACGUCGUCAAGGUCAUUGUGUUGCACCUCCAGUACCUCAUCAUUGUUACACGGUUGAGCGUCAACUACCCCAGCAUUAUCUUGCGAUGCCAGGCGGUAUUCAGUGCUAUCACCGGCGCAGAGAACUACCUUGUGUACAGCCCUAGCUGCCUGUUGCCCGACAGUGACAGCGCCGGCCAGGCCUUCAUCCAGUGGCUGGCUGGCAUCCUGACGCCAUGUGCAGUUGCAACGGUAUCCAUGCUCUUAUGGGCCCUUCGGUACGCAUAUCCACUCCGGGAAGCCCUUGCUAAGGCCUUCGUGAAGGGCGCACGUUCUGCGUGGGCGACCUUGGCUGGCAUACCCAAAUCGUUGGCAGUGUGGAAGGGGCGGCAGCUCCCGAGCAGCCGGCUUGGAACCGACAGCGUUUGCGGAGAUGAGGACAUGUCGGUGUGUUCUGGGCAGCGUGCUGACUCCAUUGGCCCGUGCCCCCCACCUCUUGCGCCGCUUGACACGUCCUUGGUCACCCAAGACAGCCACAUAGGCCUCCGCACCGUUUUUAGGGACGUGCAAAUAGUCGCAUUGGAUGCAGCAGAUCCAAGCGCAGGGGUUUCCACCGGUGUCCGGGUCCCCUCGUUAGCAUACUCGGCUUCGGGCUCCACGGAUGCACUGGCUUCGGGCCUGCCCACAGCUGCAAGUGCAGCGCCUGUUGUGGAUCUCAACGGUGUCGAGUUGGGUCCAGCGGCCAAGGUUAUCGAGUCAACAUCGUGUGGCGGGAAUGAAAAAAAAAGCGGGUUGCAGCCGUCUCCCACAUGCGACGUGAUAACUAACGCUGAGGACCAGUCGGACAGCACGAGUGAUGCACCAGGAAUUCUUCGGGCUGAUGAUGCUGUCAGCCCGAGUGGACCUCCAUUGCUCCGCGGCGGCCACAGCAUAAAUAUCCUUUCUGGUGGCACCUGCAUAGAAACUGCGCCCACUGAGGUGCUAUCCGGUAUUAACAGCGGGUAUGGCACUUCGUACUACUAUCGUCAUCCAUAUGAGAUGUGGAACAGGAAGCCAGCCAAGACUCUGUCGAGCAUGGGCUCUGCAGCCAUCAGUGACGCCAUCAGAACCCUUCACAAGCUGCGAACGCUGGCAGUUCACACACAGCAAUCCAGCCAGGCGACAUUCUUGCAGGUGGAUAAGGCCAUGAGCUUGGUGGAGCAGCUGGGUGUGGUGCUGAUGGCGGCAGUCUUCAUCCUCUAUCCGAGCUGGGCCAAUGCCGCAUUAUCGACGUUCGCCUGCUAUCCCAUUGAUGAUGGAGAAGGAUCCUUUCCGGAGACACAGCAGGCAAGUGUACGAUUGGCUGCUGGGCCCGAAGCUCAGCAUGUGCAUAGAACCGCCCGCCUUCUGAUCCUCUUCAACCAAACGGACGUUGCCCGAUGCCGUGGUGGGCGUUGCCUGCAGUACUCUGGAAAGCUGUCGUAUAAGUAUGCCAUGUGGUGGCUUUCGCAGGCAACCUGGCGGUACGGGUACUGGGUACGCAACAUGCAAGCGAUGUGCUACAGCGGAGACCACCUGCAUGUGUACGUUCCCAUCGGGGUAGUGGCCGUUGUGGUCUUCUGCGUGCUGCCCCCGCUGGUGUCUUUCAUAUUCGUGUGGCGCGUGCGAGGACGCCUGGAAGAUGCCCACGUGCGCAAGGUCUACGGCUUCCUCUACAAGCGCUACAAGCCACGCUUCAUCUGGUGGGAGACAGUGCUGGAGCUGGAGACGCUCAUCCUGGUGUCUGUCGAGGUCCUGGGCCGCGGACUCAUUGUGUCAUACCAGGCGCUCCUGCUGCUUGCCGCGUUCACUGUCAUUGCGCUCAUCAACGUCAGCUGCGCUCCGCUCCUGUCGCGGCUUCUGGUGAUCAUGGAGUUCAUGUCGCUGGGAACACUCAGCCUGACCAUCACCCUCAGCCUGUAUUUUACUGUGGAUGACGAGCUCAAUCCGGUUGCGGAGAAUGCAUUGGCGAUCCUUAUCAUCGUCCUCAACACCAGCCUCAUGCUCUUCUUCUUGUACAUCGCGAGCCGGCAUUUUUGGCCCUCAGCCGUCAAGAAGGUUGCACCGAGGGCACAGGCCGUGGUGCGAAAACUGUCCAGUAUCGGCAGCAACGUCAGCCGCCAGAAAGACGCCGACAUGGAUGGCCGCGGCAGCGAGGGUGACGGGCAGCGGGUGGCGCUGUGUUACCUGGGUACACACCUUGAACUUCAAGAGGGGCUUCGCAGCGGAUGCCAGAAACAGAAUGAAACAGGCGUCAUGGCCACCUUGCUCUCGUUGGUAAUAUGUAUGUUCGGCAUUGCAGGCUUAUCAUGUCUUGAUGGAUUUGUGAUGUGGCAGGUUGAACAGUACGGUCGAAUUGCCUUGCCUUGCCUUGCCUUCUACGUGGCAGCCGCGCUUGUACAGGCAAUGCUCGGCGUUAGAAGCGCUAUUAGCGAAGUAAGAUCCUCAGCCACCAACGUUGCCAAUGCGAGGAAUCUUCCGUAA